CUCUUUUGGCUUGUCAAAAUCAAGAAAGUCAUAAGUAACUCUGAGAGAGAGAGAGAGAGAGAGAGAGAGAGAGAGAGCAAAAAUGGCAAGGACAAAAGCCACAAAGGGGGGAGAGAAUGAGCACAAGAAAGGACUGUGGACAGAGGAAGAAGACAAGAUUCUCAUCGACUACGUCGAGGCCCAUGGAAAGGGGAAAUGGAACACCAUUGCCAAGCGGACAGGUUUGAGAAGGUGUGGGAAGAGUUGCAGGCUGAGGUGGAUGAACUAUCUCAGCCCAGAUGUGAAGAGAGACGGUUUCUCCGAGGAAGAAGAAGACCUCAUCAUCAGACUCCACAAGCUCCUUGGCAACAGGUGGUCUUUGAUUGCGAAGAGAGUGCCGGGUCGAACAGACAAUCAAGUGAAGAAUUACUGGAACACUCAUUUAAGCAAAAAGCUAGGCGUCAAAGUGCGGGGCGCUCGAUCUAGCACAUCCGCGACCCCCAAGAGUUUCCGACCGCUGAGUACUCCCACAUAUCCAUGUUCCACUUCGUCUCGCGACACGGCCUCCGAGAAAGGCCUGGUAAAGAAGUCUGACGAGGAUGCGAGACUGGAUCGCACGACAUGGGACGCCAGCGAACCGGCCCUCGGAGACCAAUCGACAAACCACUUUUGGGAUUUCGAGAGCGGGCUCGGCGAGCUUGGGAUGACGGAGUUCUUGCAGGGGCAGUCUCACGAUCUAUCUUGGCUUAGUUCGUGAACAAACUCGCAGCGGAUCAUGCCAUUUCCCUUCCCCAAUUUCAGAUUGCCAAAAAUAGGAAAAUCCUAUCAUAUGUCCAAAUGCCUGAAAAAUGCACUGCUCACCGUCCAGAGAAUUCUUUGAGUCUUUUUAUGACGAGACUUCUUGAAUAAGCUUUGAGAACUUGGGUUGUUAAGACAGUCUCCAUUCAGCAGCUGUUUAGACUUCAAUCAAAGCAUGGUCCUUUCGAUCUCAUGUACAAGAUUUGAUUGCUUAUGUGAUUCGUGAUUA